AGGGGCAGCUAGCUAAACCUGCCUCUGCGCGCCGGCCAUGUCCACGGCCGCGAACGGCCGCGUGCGACGGCGGCGUCGGUCGUGGCGCAUGUACUGGUGUUACGUGUGCGGCCGCGCGGUGCGCGCCGUCUCGUACCCGACCUCGGACGUCUUCUGCCCGCGCUGCUUCGGCCGCUUCCUGCACGAGAUCGACCUGCCGGCGCCGCGGCUCGCGCUCCCGCCGCCGGACCGGUUCUUCCAGCCGCCGUUCCUCCCGCACGAUGGUCCUCGCCGCUGGAUCAUAUACACUGGCGGCACAGACCCAACUGAUGCCGACACGCCGCUCCCUCGCCGUCGCGUCCCGUCCCCGCCUCCGGCGCCGACAAGGCGGCGUCCGGACGGCGCCGACGUCCCACCAGCUCCCGUCAACUGGGACGAGUUCUUCGUCGGGCCCAACCUGGAUGGUCUCAUCGAGCGACUCACGCAGGACGACCGCCCCGGGCCGCCACCCGCGCCGGAGCCGGCCAUCGAGUCGCUGCCCACGGUGCGCGUCUCGCCGGCUAACCUGUCGGACGGCUCGCAGUGCCCGGUGUGCAGGGAGGAGUUCGAGCUCGGGGAGGCCGCACGCGAGCUGCCGUGCAAGCACGCGUACCACACUGACUGCAUCGUGCCGUGGCUCCGGCUCCACAACUCCUGCCCGGUCUGCCGGCAGGAGCUGCCGUCGCCGGCCGACAAUUCUCCCGACGGCGGUGGUGGCGGCGGCGGGGAGACGGAGCCGCCGGGGCCGGUGGUGAUGGCCGGUUGGGGGCCACUGGCUUGGCUGUCAUUGCCACGCGGGCCGGACGGGGACGGUUGGGAGAGGAGUGAAGCGGCUGCCGGUGACGCUGCCGGCGGUGGUGCUUGUGCACCGGCUAUCCUGCAGUCUUUUGUCCUCGUCCUUGCCUGCUUUUUCUUCCUCUCCUUCUUUGUUUGAAAUGUAUCAGUUUAUUACGGAGCUGGAGGAGAGCAAACGCGACAA